CUGUAGGCUGUUUCAGUAGGCGACAGCGUCAUAAGUUUGCAGCUUCCACCUAAUCGACUGUCACAGUUUGCUUCGAGUCUCCGGGUUGCGUUGCUUCAGGUAAUGUCGCUGUCGAUUCUCCUAAUUGUCAUUGAGUGAAACAUCUGCUUACAUAAUUCAUCCGAGGUCGCGAAUAUUUGUCAUCCACUUAAUCUAGAUGUACAGAUCACUUAGGCCUUACAUUCAUAUAGUCAAAAAUUUAUCCUACAUUAUUGUGUAUUAAGGCACAUUGUGCACGGUUAGUACAACUUGAUUAUUGCUACAACAUCCCAAAUAUUAUAUCUCUUUGAGUGUAUGUUAUUGGUGGUGUGUUAUGGGUCGAUGUCCUUGACCCUAAUGCAACUUGUUAGAUCAUCAUCUCGUUAGUCCAGUUGAAGAGCCGAAUGGGAUUAGCGCCAUUAAUAUGAGUCUUUCGAAAACCUGACAGGGGUGAGAAUGUCAGACCAGCUUGUCACAGCUUUGUUGUUGUUAGCAACGAAGAGGAACUAAGGUGACGGCCGUAUUAUAAAACGAGCUUGGAAAUUACAAGACUUUGUGACUUCUAUGGUUUUCUAUGCAUUGCUGCCUUAAUGCAUGGCAACACGGUCUCUCUAAUUGUUUCUGCCUGUAAAGUUAGGAGUUUAAGCGUGUUCAAGAGCUGAUUUUUUGUCAAGAGCGUUUAAGCGGUUACAAUGAACGCUGAGAGGAAGGUGCAGCCGGUUCUGCUGUGCUUCGAUGCACCGAACUGGCUCCACUGCGAAUUCUGGGGAGAGAAUGCUGACUUCGAGUUCAUGAAGGGUGAUCCUUUUGAAGCCUUACGGGCUUCUGACGAUGCUGUGGAUCGCUUGGUGAGUGCUGCUUCCAAUUCGGGUUAUGAACUCUUGGUUGUCAGCAAACGCGCCGGACACAGUCUUAACAGAGACAAGAGAUUACAACAGCGGCGUGAUUCUGAGAUACUCAAUGAAAAAAAAGGAGUUUGUCUAAAUGCCGUUAGUUUCCUGGAGGAGUCGUUCAGUAAUCGCGGUGUAAGAGUGGUUAUCCCUACUUCUGUAGAAUCGACGGACGUGCUGGCAGCGUUCGCAGUUGCCAACGCUGCCAAGUUUGGUGUUGUUGUCAGUAGGAAUCGUAAUUUUUUGAGGUACAAUGUCCCGAUUCCCGUAUGCCGGAAUUUCACGGUAAGGAAUGGUAAACUGCUUCUUGAGCUGAGCACAAUGGAUAAUAAUGACGACAAUUCCUCGAGCAAAUCGAAUGGAGAGUUUCGUCGAAUGUCUCGUCCUGUGCAGCCGCGCCUUGUCUUUAGUAAAUGGAGAUGGUGUGAGGGAUUUUCUAAAAAGUACCGUCCGUCUGCGUUGCCAAAUGGAGUGUUAAGUUUCGGCACUAGCAGUUCUUCCGACAGAAGGAUGGGGAGCCUCCAUGUUCUUGCCCGCCCUCUGCGUGCAGCGCUAUAUGCUAUAAUUGGGGAGAAAAAAGCCAUCGAGCGGUUACCAGAGUGGAGUGACGAGAAGGAGGAAGUAGUGUGGACCGUGAAAGGUGUGGACGCCGAUCCUGCACUCACGGAAUUGCUCAACGAUCCACUGGCUGUGGUCAAUUGGCUAGUGGAACGAGACGUUCCUGUUUUAGACACAUUGGAGUCCUGGCGUGCCAAGGAGCGCAUAUUCAACACAUGCGCCCUGGCGGCUGAACUCGUUGCAGUGGCCUCACAAGGCGCAUGGACAAUGCACAAGUGCAUGGAAUUGUUUUCAACGACAAUUUCCUCCAUUAAAUGCAAAUGUUCGUAUGCGCAGUUUUUAGAGUCAUCAUCAGACAGCAUUACCGAGGAACCGAGCAAACUCGCGGAGCAAGUGAGUGCACUAGGGGAGUGAAUUGAGUCGAAGUUGACCGUGCUGGAACUGGGUUGUGAAACUACAACCUUCUCUGGAUCUAAGUCAGAAGCUGACCUACCGAAACACGGACCAGAUUAGCAGCAAGCUUCUGCCAAGUCUUCUAAAACAACUACUUCUGCUUACACUGUCGAGUGGGUGAGGGUGUGCAAUAGUACCCCAUUUUGUAGGAUAGCCUGCAGGACAAUUUUGCAGAGAUUCAAGAGUUUGUUUGAAUUCUAGACUAUGCCAGAUAUCGAGCACGUUCUUGCUUCAGGUCGAAUGAGUCCACAUGAACUGUUCAUGGCAAGUAGGUUUGGGUUCAACCUCUGAAUCUCCACAUUCGAGACCUGAAUCUCGCAGAUCUCAAUCGGUGAUGAUCAAACAAUCUAUUGGCCAUGGUUUAAGGCAUUGUUGCAACUGGCACUUUACAAUGCGAAACUGGGAACAGUGCUCGUUGUGUGGGCACAGUCCGUGUUUUAUUUUACUUGAAAUACCAUACUACUUUAAAAGAUAAUCAGUUUUUGCUUUAA